GGUCGGUGCGCUCUGCAGACAAAUUUCACUUGUCAUUCCUGAAUAACGGCGCUGUACCGGAGGGCUGGAAUCGGACUUCAGUAAAAGAAGUGCGGUGGCCUUCGCCCUCACUCAGCAACGAUGUCCGAAUAUAUCCUCACUUUACUCAUCAUACUGGGAUUCGGGGAUAUAUUCUCAAAUGUUCAGACACUGAGGGACGCUGAUUCGGAGCAAGAGCCCAUUUUGUGUGACGUUGGAGAGUUUCUGUGCGGUGACCAGCUGACCUGUGUGUCCGAGAGCUGGCUUUGUGAUGGGGAACCAGACUGUCCAGAUGGUUCUGAUGAGGUUCUGGACAAAUGUAAGGUGGAGGUGAUAGUCAGAUGUCCUCUAAAUCACAUACAGUGUAUCGGGACGAGAAAGUGCAUUCACUUCAACAAACUCUGUAAUGGGGUGAAAGACUGUGAGGAUGGUUUUGACGAAGGAGUCCACUGUCGAGAACUCCUGUCAGCCUGUCACGAGCUGCAUUGCCGCUACGGAUGCAUCAUGACCAGAAAUGGCACAUUCUGCUUCUGUGCGGAUGGAUUCGAGGUGGGAGAGGAUGGGCGUAGCUGCAGAGAUCAUGAUGAAUGCACCAUGUACGGGACAUGCAGCCAGACCUGCAUGAACACCUAUGGGUCAUAUCGCUGCAGCUGUACAGAUGGGUACAGCCUGCAGCCGAACAGACACUCCUGCAUAGUCAAACACGAGACCGGUGAAAGCCCUGCAGCACUGCUGAUUGGAGGCUCGGAUAAUAUUAUAAUCACAGCCCUAAAUGGAUCCCGCCUGCAAACCCUCAAACAACUGGACUCAAAUGGAACUCAUGGCUUGGAUUUCAACCAUAAAGAGGAAUCAGUAUGCUGGGUCACUUCCUCAGAGUCCUCUGGACAACUCCGGUGUGCCAGGAUGAGGAAAGCAAGUGGUUUCACUAAAGAACAGGAAGUAAAGACAGUCCGGAAUCUCCACGACGUUGAUCAAUUAGCCUUUGACUGGCUCACAGGAAACUUUUACUUUGUGGAUCAAGCAAGCGACAGGAUAUUCGUUUGCAACCAGUAUGGAGACACCUGUGUUACGGUGAUAGACCUUGACCUUUUGAACCCUAAAGCAAUCGCUCUGGAUCCUCUAAUGGGGAUGCUCUUCUUCACUGACUAUGGGAAUCAAGCCAAACUGGAGCGCUGCAACAUGGAUGGCACCAACAGAACUCGACUUGUGGAUUAUAAGGUUGAGCGGCCGACUGCCGUGGCAUUGGAUCUGGUAAAAAAGUUGGUGUACUGGGCAGACGCAUAUCUGGAUUACAUUGAAAUGGUGGAUUACAAUGGCAAAAACAGACACACUAUCAUCCAGGGAUAUCAAGUGGCCCACCUGCAUGGAUUAGCUGUCUUUGAGGACUACUUGUAUGCAACUCGCUCUGAACCCUCCAGUGGAGCAGUGGUAGACAUCUUACGGAUAAAUCGCUUUAAUGUCACAGACCCGGAGACGCUAACCAGCAUAGGAAAUGCAAAAACAAUACGGGUUUACCACAAGCUCAGUCAGCUGAAAGUCAAGGGCCAUGCAUGUGAAGUUGACCCUUAUGGUAAACCAGGAGGAUGCUCGCACAUCUGCCUUCUCAGCGGGAGCUACAAAUCCCGGAGCUGCCGCUGUCGUACCGGAUUCAGCCUGGGAAGUGACGGGCUGUCCUGCAAAAAACCCAAGAAUGAUCUAUUCCUCUUCUAUGGAAAGGGACGACCUGGAAUAAUCCACGGUCUGGACAUGAAUGUGAAGUCUAGCAAUGAGUACAUGGUUCCUAUUGAGGACUUGGUGAAUCCAAGAGCUCUUGACUAUCAUGCUGAAACAGGAAACAUUUACUUCGCUGAUACUACAAGCUUUUUGAUAGGGCGGCAGAAAGUCGAUGGAAGCAGUCGGGAAACAAUUCUCAAAGAUGAUCUUGAUAAUGUGGAGGGGAUUUCAGUGGAUUGGAUUGGAAAUAAUCUCUACUGGACCAAUGAUGGCUACAGAAAAACCAUCAGCGUGGCUAGGCUGGAGCGGACAUCUGAAACCAGGAAGACUCUUUUGGAGGGAGACAUGUCUCACCCUAGAGCCAUAGUGGUGGAUCCUCUGAAUAGUUGGAUGUACUGGACAGAUUGGGAAGAGGAUGAGGUGAACGACAGCAUUGGUAGAAUAGAGAAAGCCUGGAUGGACGGUUCCAACAGGAAAAUAUUUGUCACAUCUAACAUGCUAUGGCCCAAUGGACUCACUCUGGAACAUGGAACCAGUACCAUGUACUGGUGUGAUGCCUAUUAUGAUCAUAUUGAGAGAAUCUAUCUCAAUGGGACUGGCAGAAUGGUUGUGUACAGUGGCAGGGAACUCAAUCACCCGUUUGGGAUUGCACAGUACCAAAAUUCCAUCUUCUGGACAGAGUACAUGAACGCCUCCAUCUUCCAGCUGGAUCUGGUCUCUGGUGAAGUCUCUCUGCUGAGGAGUGAACGGCCCCCUCUGUUCGGGCUUCGAGUAUAUGAUGCACAAAGCCAGCUGGGUGACAAUGCCUGCCGGGUGAAUUACGGUGGUUGCGGUACCCUCUGUUUGGCCAUCCCGGGAGGCCGGGUGUGCGCGUGUGCCGACAACCAGCACCUGGACAAGAACAAUAUCACAUGCUCUGACUCUGCAGGUCAAGAGGAGCCCCAGCGGUGCAAAAAUGAUGAGUUUCAGUGCAGGAACUGGCGCUGCAUACGAGUCAAUUGGAUUUGUGAUGGAGAUGAUGACUGUUUAGAUGGCAGCGAUGAGGAGGCCCACAUAUGCUCUAACCACAGUUGCCCGGUUGACCAGUUCAAGUGUCCCAAUAAUCGUUGCAUACCCAAAAGGUGGCUUUGUGAUGGAGCCAAUGACUGUGGAGAUAACGAAGAUGAGUCUAAUAAAACAUGCUCAGCCCAGCCAUGUCGGACUGGUCAGUUCACCUGUGGUAAUGGUCGCUGUGUACCAGAAGCGUGGCGCUGUGAUCAAGAUGAUGACUGUGGAGACAUGUCAGACGAGUCCACUUCCUGUGCGUUCCCUACCUGCGAUGCUCUCAGCCAGUUCAGCUGCGCUAAUGGGAGGUGCAUUAGCAUGAAGUGGCAUUGUGACUCAGAUGAUGACUGUGGAGACAACAGUGAUGAGGCAGGCUGCGUCCACUCCUGUGCUAAUGGUCAGUAUAAGUGCACCAGCGGCCGGUGUAUCCCAGACCACUGGGCCUGUGACGGGGACAACGACUGCGGGGACUUCAGUGAUGAAAAUGUGACUUGUGCUGGUGUUGCCCCUGCUUUGCCUCCUGUGGAAUGCAGUGGAGAGGAGUUUCACUGCCGUGCUGAUGGGACUUGCAUCCCCGAGCGCUGGCGCUGCGAUGGGGAUAAAGACUGCGAAGACGGCAGUGAUGAAACAAACUGCAAAGGCGUCAAGAGAAUGUGUGAUCCCCAGGCAAAGUUUACCUGCAAAAGCUCAGGGAAGUGUAUCAGCAAGAGCUGGGUGUGUGACGGCGACAAUGACUGUGAAGACCGCUCAGAUGAAGAGUCGUGUGAGUCCUCCAUCUGUAAGCCCCCCACUCAGCCCUGUGCUAAUGACUCCAGCACCUGCCUGGCCCCCAACAAGAUCUGCGAUGGGAGAAACGACUGUGCUGACCAUUCUGAUGAGGGUCCUUUCUGUGAGAAAUGUUUGCAAGGUAAUGGGGGCUGCAGUCACCAGUGUGCAGUGAUCCCCAGCAAAGGGGUGGUGUGUUCAUGUCCCACUGGACUCCGUCUUAGCUCUGACAACCGAACAUGUGAGACAGUGGACUACUGCUCUGCUCACCUGAAAUGCAGUCAGAUAUGCGAACAGCAUAAGACCACUGUCAAGUGCUCCUGUUAUCCUGGCUGGAGACUUGAUCCAGAUGGAGAGAGCUGCCACAGCACGGAUCCCUUUGAGGCUUUUGUUAUCUUCUCUAUCCGGCAUGAGAUCAGACGAAUCGACCUUCAUAAACGUGACUACAGCCUACUCGUUCCCGGCCUGCGGAACACCAUUGCUCUCGACUUCCACUUCAACCACAGUUUGCUUUACUGGACCGACGUGGUGGAGGAUAAGAUCUAUCGGGGAAAGCUCUCAGAGACCGGAGGUGUGACCGGGGUCGAGGUUGUGAUUCAGCAUGGUUUGGCCACCCCAGAGGGACUCGCAGUGGAUUGGAUUGCAGGAAACCUUUACUGGAUAGACAGCAACUUGGAUCAGAUUGAGGUGGCCAAGCUGAAUGGGGAAAUGAGAACGACUUUGAUUGCCGGUGGCAUGGAGCACCCACGAGCGCUGGCUGUAGACCCAGGACAGGGCAUUCUUUUCUGGACCGACUGGGAUGCCACUUUUCCUCGGAUUGAGGCAACGUCAAUGAGUGGAAGUGGAAGACAUGUUGUGUAUAAGGACAUGGAGAUUGGAGCCUGGCCUAAUGGACUCACGCUAGACCAUCAGGAAAGGAGAAUAGUGUGGACAGAUGCUCGCUCAGAUGCAAUAUAUUCAGCCCUGUAUGAUGGCACAGGGGUCAUUGAGAUCCUCAGGGGGCACGAGUACCUGUCACACCCGUUCGCUGUGUCUCUCUUUGGAGGUGGUGUGUACUGGACAGACUGGAGAACCAACACUUUAGCCAGAGCGAAUAAAUGGACUGGCCGCAAUGUAACUGUGAUCCAAAAGACAAGUGCCCAGCCAUUUGAUCUGGAGAUAUAUCAUCCUAGCAGACAACCUCAAGCUUCAAACCCAUGCGAGGGAAACGUUGGAAGAGGCCCUUGCUCCCACCUUUGUCUCAUUGAUUACAAUCGCACGGCGUCUUGUUCAUGUCCUCAUCUCAUGAAGCUUUCCCUCCACAACCGCUCUUGUGUGGCCCUGAAGAAGUUCCUGUUGUAUGUGAGGCGAUCUGAGAUCCGUGGAGUGGAUAUCGAUAAUCCGUACAUGAACGUCAUGACUGCUUUGACUGUUCCUGACAUCGAUGAUGUCACUGUGGUGGAUUACGACGCUCUUGAGGAAAGGAUAUACUGGGCGGACGUUAAGACUCAAACAAUAAAACGUGUCUUUAUCAAUGGAACAGGCCUUCAAACUGUAAUUUCUGGAGAUAUUCAAAACUGCCGUGGGCUAGCAGUAGAUUGGCUUUCGAGGAAUAUGUAUUGGCUGAGCUCUGAGAACGAGGAGACGCAGAUCAAUGUUGCCCGACUAGACGGAUCUCUAAAAACCUCAGUCAUCCAUGGGAUUGACAAACCAAAGUGUCUGACUGUGCACCCAGCCAAAGGAAAAAUCUACUGGACCGAUGGAAACACAAUAAAUGUAGCCAAUAUGGAUGGAAGCAAUAGGAAGGUUCUUCAUCAAAAUCAGAGAGAACCAGUUGGACUUUCAAUUGACUUUCCCGCUGGGAAGAUGUAUUGGAUCAGUUCUGCUAAUGGUACUAUCAACAGGUGCAAUCUGGACGGUAGUGGCUUUGAGGUCAUUGAAAGCAUGAAGAGGGACUUAACUAAAGCCACAGCUCUAGCAGUCAUGGGUGGCAAGCUGUGGUGGGCUGAUGACGAUCUGGCUCAGCUGGGAACGGUAGCCAAACGAGAUGGACGUAACCCGGCAGUGCUGCGCAAUAAGACCAGCGGAGUGGUACACAUGAAGGUGUAUGACAGAGAUGGUCAGAAAGGUAGGAAUGCCUGUCAGUUGAAUAACGGCGGUUGCUCGCAGCUCUGUCUGCCCACAUCUGAAAACACACGCACAUGUGCCUGCACCAUUGGCUACAACCUGCGCAGUGACCGUCUCUCCUGUGAAGGCCUGAGUUCUUUUCUGAUGUACUCUUUUCAUGAGGGGAUACGUGGAAUCGCUCUGGAUCCUGGUGACCACGCCGAGACCCUGAUGCCCAUCAGCGGCACCUUGUUUGCCGUUGGCGUGGACUUUCAUGCAGGCAAUGAUACAAUUUACUGGACAGACAUGGGAUUAAACCGGAUCUCAAGAGCCAAGAGGGAUCAGACAUGGAGGGAAGACAUUAUCACCACUGGCAUCAACAGAGUGGAGGGCAUCGCAGUCGAUUGGAUUGCUGGUAACCUUUACUGGACAGACCAUGGCCUCAACCUCAUUGAAAUUGCUCGUCUGAAUGGUCUCUACCGGUCAGUUGUAAUAUCAGAAGGGCUGGACCAGCCAAGAGCCAUUGCAGUGCAUCCACAGAGAGGUUAUUUAUUCUGGACCGAGUGGGGGAAGAAUCCUUGCAUAGGUCGUGCACGACUGGACGGUUCAGACCAAGUGACCCUGGUCAGUUCUGGCAUCGCCUGGCCGAAUGGAAUCACCAUCGACUAUGAGGAAAAUAGAUUAUACUGGUGCGAUGCCCGGACCGACAAGAUAGAAGGGAUCAACCUUGAAACCGGGGAGGGCCGAGAGAUUGUCCUGUCAGCCGCCAAUGUGGACCUGUUCUCCGUGGCUGUGUUCGGGGCUUACAUCUACUGGUCUGACAGAGCCCACGCCAAUGGAUCGAUCCGGCGCGGAUUCAAGAGCGAUGCCACCGACACCGUCACAAUAAGAAGUGGUCUUGGCGUCAACCUGAAGGACGUGAAAGUGUUUAACAAAGGCCGGGAGAAAGGCACCAACCCGUGUGCGAGAAGCAAUGGAGGUUGUCAGCAGCUGUGUUUUCACCUGGGCAGCGGAAGAAGGACUUGUUCCUGUGCUCAUGGGUACUUAGCCGAAGAUGGCUUUGCUUGCCAAAGAUAUGAGGGCUAUCUUCUGUACUCUGAAAGGACCAUCUUGAAAAGCAUCCACCUGUCUGACGAGAGCGAUCUUAACUCCCCUCUCCAACCUUUUGAGAAUCCAGACUACUUCAAGAACGUCAUCGCUCUGGCAUUCGAUUAUCGGCAGCAGGCCUCGCACCACAACCGCAUAUUCUUCAGCGACAUCCAUUUUGGGAAUAUUCAGAUGAUCAAUGAUGAUUGGUCUGGAAGACAAGUCAUAGUUGAAAAUGUGGGUUCGGUUGAGGGCUUGGCUUAUCACCGUGCCUGGGACACAAUUUACUGGACUAGCUCCACCACCUCAAGCAUCAGCAGAUACACAGUAGACCAGAGCCGACAAGGAGCUUUCACCAGGCAAGCCGUUGUCACCAUGUCUGAGGAUGACCAUCCCCAUGUCUUGGCCCUGGAUGAAUGUCAAAACCUCAUGUUUUGGACCAAUUGGAACGAGCAGCGCCCCAGUAUCAUGCGCUCCACUCUUGCAGGGAAUAACAUGAAAGUCAUCAUUAGCACAGAUGUAUUCACUCCUAACGGACUCACAAUUGACCAUAAAGCGGAAAAGCUGUAUUUCUCUGACGGCAGCCUGGGCAAAAUUGAACGCUGUGAAUAUGACGGCUCCCACAGACAUGUGAUUGUAAGGUCAGGAGCUGGCACAUUUUUUGGACUUGCUAUCCACGGAAACUACAUUUUUUGGUCUGACUGGACUCGGCGGGCUGUGCUGCGAACCAACAAGUUCACGGGAGGAGAUACUAAAGUUCUCAGGGCUGAUAUUCCCCACCAGCCAAUGGGAAUUAUAGCAGUUGCCAAAGACACUAAUAAUUGCGAGCUAUCUCCAUGCAGGGUUCUGAAUGGUGGCUGUGGUGACCUGUGUCUCCUUACUCCAGAUGGCACAGUCAACUGCAGCUGCCGAGGAGAGCGGAUACUGCUUGAUGACAACAGAUGCGUGUCAAAAACGUCCUCUUGCAACAUCCACACUGAGUUUGAGUGUGGAAAUGGGGAAUGUAUAGACUACCAGCUAACAUGUGAUGGAAUUGCCCACUGCAAAGACAAGUCAGAUGAGAAAAUGCAAUAUUGUGACAACAGGAGCUGCCGAAAGGGUUACCGUCCUUGCUACAACAGGCGUUGUGUGGCUAACAAUCGCUUUUGUGAUGGAAUGGACGACUGUGGGGACAACUCAGAUGAGGCAUUUUGUAACAAUGUCACGUGUGCUGCAUCUGAGUCAUCCUGUCAAGAUGGAACUUGCAUACCAAUAUCCUCCUGGUGCAACCAGGUCAUCGACUGCGCCGAUGCCUCGGAUGAAAAGAACUGCAAUCACACAGAUUGUGCAGACUUUUACAGGAUGGGAGUUGCAGAAAAGGUCUUUGUCAGUUGUAACAGCACCUCACUGUGCGUUCACCAUUCGUGGCUGUGCGAUGGAGCCAAUGACUGCGGAGAUUAUGCAGACGAGAGGAACUGUCAGGUCUCCCACGGGCAGAAAUGUGCAGAAGGCCACUUCGCCUGCCCCAGCGGGAACUGCAUCUCCAGCGUGUGGCUUUGUGAUGGGCAGAAGGAUUGUGAAGAUGGUGCAGAUGAGUUCCAGUGUGACUCCUCCUGUCUAUGGAACCAGUUUGCUUGUUCGAAAAACAAGUGCAUAGCGAAGCAGUGGCUCUGUGAUGGUGAAGACGACUGUGGCGACGGGGUGGACGAGAGCGUGGAUCUCUGCGGCUCGGUGACCUGCGCCCCAGGGUUAUUCAGUUGUCCAGGCUCGUACGCAUGCGUCCCCAAGCGCUGGUUGUGUGACGGGGAGAGAGACUGUCCCGAUGGCAGCGAUGAGCUCGCAGCGGCCGGCUGUGCUCCAAAUAACACAUGUGAUGAGAAUUCCUUCAGAUGCUUUAACAAAGGCUGCAUUCCAAAACGCUUUGUUUGUGACCAUGAUGACGACUGCAGAGAUGGCUCGGAUGAAUCGGUUGAAUGUGUGUACCACUCAUGUGGGCCAGAUGAGUUCCGCUGUGCUGAUGGCCGAUGCCUUCUCAGUGCCCAGUGGGAGUGUGAUGGUUACCCAGACUGCCCUGACCACUCUGAUGAGCUGCCCCUCAACCUCAAAUGCCUGGCUGCGGAGAGCUUAUGCAACAGUUCCUUUUUCAUGUGCUCAAAUGGCCGCUGUAUAUCUGAGAAGAGUUUAUGUGACCUGAAAGAUGACUGUGGAGAUCGCUCAGAUGAGAAAAACUGCAAUGUCAAUGAAUGUCUCAACCGUCGUGUCAGCGGCUGUACACAGGAUUGCCAGGACUUACCAGUGGGAUACAAGUGUAAGUGCUGGCCGGGAUUUCACCUGAAGAAUGAUGGGAGAACAUGUGUUGACAUUGACGAAUGCUCCACCACGCUACCCUGCAGCCAGAACUGCACCAACACUUACGGUUCCUUUAAGUGUUUUUGUGUAGAUGGCUAUGAAGCUUCUAGAAAAGACCCCAACAGCUGCAAGUCUCUUUCAGCUGAAGAGCCCUUUCUUAUACUUGCUGAUCUUCAUGAAAUCAGAAAAUUAAGUGUUGAUGGGUCCAAUUACACUCUUCUGAAACAGGGCCUUAACAACAUUAUCAGCUUGGAUUUUGACUACAAGAAGGAGUUCAUUUACUGGAUUGACUCUAGCAGACCCAGCGGCCGGAAGAUAAACAGAAUUCGCCUUAAUGGCAGUGACCUCAAGAUUGUUCACAGAACAGCUGUGCCAAGUGCGCUUGCUGUGGACUGGAUUGGGAAGAACUUGUACUGGUGCGACGUGGAGAGAAAGACGCUGGAAGUGUCCAAAUCCAACGGUUUAUACCCCACUGUCUUAGUGAGCGCUGGCCUGAAGAACCCAACGGACUUGGCUCUGGAUGCUCAAACCGGGUAUAUGUUCUGGAUUGACUGCUGUGAAAACCCUCACGUCGGUCGAGUUGGCAUGGACGGCCAAGGCCAGAGCAUUAUUGUGAACAAAGAAAUCUACAGCCCCUCAGCUCUGACCAUUGACUACACAAACAAGAGAAUCUACUGGGCUGAUGAUAAUCACAUCUUUUUUGCCAACAUGGACGGUUCUCAGAGGCAACGGGUUCCUCACGACCACAUCCAGGGUGUGAUGGGGCUCACGCUGUUCGAGGACUUCAUUUAUUGGACUGACGGGAAGUCCAAAUCUCUCCGUCGAGCUCAUAAGACCACCGGUGCUAAUGCUGUCGAGCUCCUGAAUUCAUGGCAAGCCAUUAAGUCUGUCAUUGUCUACCACCCACUGCGCCAACCUGAAGUCCCCAAACACCAGUGUCAAGUGGCCAAUGGAGGCUGUAGCCACUUGUGUUUACUCUCUCCUGGUGGAGGUCACAAAUGCGCCUGCCCGACUAACUUCUACUUGGCCGCCGAUAACAAGACGUGCCUGUCCAACUGCACAGCCAGCCAGUUCCGCUGUGGAACGGAUGAAUGCAUCCCAUUCUGGUGGAAAUGCGAUACGGUAGAUGACUGCGGUGAUGGGUCUGAUGAGCCUGCGGAUUGUCCGGAAUUCAAAUGCCAGCCUGGGCGUUUUCAGUGUGGCACUGGCCUUUGUGCCUUACCUCCCUUCAUCUGCGAUGGAGAGAAUGACUGCGGGGACAACUCAGAUGAGGCCAACUGUGAUACAUACAUCUGUCUGUCAGGCCAGUUCAAGUGCACCCGAAAGCAGAAGUGUAUACCAUUAAAUCUUCGCUGCAACGGACAGGACGACUGUGGGGAUGGAGAGGACGAGACAGACUGCCCUGAGAGCACAUGUUCUCCAGACCAGUUCCAGUGCAAGGCCACCAUGCAUUGCAUCUCAAAGCUCUGGGUGUGCGACGAAGACCCAGACUGUGCUGACGGCUCUGACGAGGCCAAUUGUGAGCCAGUGACCUGUAAUCAUAAGGAUUUUGCCUGCAUCAGUGGGGACUGUAUCUCAGCGCGCUUCCGUUGCGAUGGUGACUAUGACUGUGCUGAUAAUUCAGAUGAGAAGGAUUGUGAGACUCACUGUGCAGAGGAUCAGUUUCAAUGCCACAACAAUCUCUGCAUCUCCCGUAAAUGGUUGUGCGAUGGCCAGGAAGACUGUAAGACAGGGGAAGAUGAGAGAAAUUGCCUCGGAACAGUGCUUCCUUCCUGCUCUCUAAAUGAGUAUGUGUGCGCCAGCGGAGGUUGUGUGUCUGCCAGCCUGAGGUGUGAUGGACAUGACAACUGUCUGGACAGUUCUGAUGAGAUGGACUGUGUCAAGGAGUGCAGAGAAGAUGAGUUUCUGUGCAAAAACCAUGCUCACUGCAUCCCUAAACGAUGGCGCUGCGAUGACGUGUUCGAUUGUGUGGAUCACAGCGAUGAGGAGAACUGUGGUCAUGAUGCUUCCUUCUGUCGCCCCGAUGAGUUCAUCUGCAACAACACCCUUUGUAAGCUGCAUGUGUGGGUGUGCGAUGGUGAGGAUGACUGCGGAGACAACUCUGAUGAAGACUCCGAGAUGUGCGCCAAACUACCUUGUCCUCCAGCAAGGCCAUAUCGCUGCAGAGAUGACAGAGUGUGUCUACGGCUUGAUCAGAUCUGUAACAAUGUGGAUAACUGUGGGGACAACUCAGAUGAAGAUGAAUGUGAGGCUGUGUCAUCUAGGCCCAAGCCCUGUGGGAAGGCAGAGUUUACCUGUAAUAAUCGUAAAUGUAUACCCGCACAACUGCAGUGCGACCUGUUUGAUGAUUGUGGAGAUGGAGGAUCAGAUGAACAGGACUGCAAGGCUUCUUCAAAUGGAGACAUAUGUGGAAAGAGGAUGAACCCAUGUGGGGAGGAUGCAGUGUGCAAUCAUACAAACACAAAUGCAAUUUGCCACUGCAAACCUGGCUUUCAGAGAAAUCUCAGAAGCAGAAAGUGUGAAGAAAUCAAUGAGUGUCUUAAUUUUGGCACUUGCUCUCACUAUUGCACCAACACAAAAGGAUCAUACAAAUGUACAUGUGACAAAAAUUAUAAGGAUAUGAAUGGUAGCUGCAUAGCAAAAGGACCAGAAGAUCGAGUGCUCUACAUAGCUAAUGACACUGAAAUCCGAAGUUUUGUGUAUCCAUUUAACCAGAGCCAUGGACAUAAAGUACAUGCUCGCAUCGAGGAAAAUGCCCGCAUCAUUGGGAUGGAUGCUCUGUAUCACCAACAAAAGUUUAUCUGGGCUACUCAGUUUAAUCCCGGUGGACUUUUUUACAAAGAUAUCCUAAACAGGAGUCAAACUAAAACAAAUGUUGGCAUCAUAUGUCCAGACUUUCGCAGACCCAGAGAUGUAUCAGCUGACUGGGUGACUGGAAAUAUCUACUGGACAGACCACUCUAGGAUGCACUGGUUCAGUUAUUACACAGCUCACUGGACCAAGCUUAGAUACUCUAUUAAUGUGGGACAACUCAAGGGACCCAACUGCACCCGUCUGAUAACUGACAUUGCAGGAGAGCCUUACGCCAUUACUGUCAAUCCAGUCAAAGGGAUGAUGUAUUGGUCAGUAAUAGGCGACCACUCACACAUAGAGGAGAGUGCGAUGGAUGGCUCCAUGCGUAGAGUGCUAUUGGACAAGAACCUUAGGAGACCCACAGGGUUGGCGUUUGAUUACUUCAGCCAGCGUGUGUAUUGGGCCGAUGCCGAGCUCUCUGUCAUUGGCAGUGUCCAUUUCGAUGGCUCAGAUCCAUUGGUGGUAAUCGAUGGCAAGCAAGGAAUAUCACAACCAUACAGAAUAGACAUUUUUGAGGAUUACAUUUAUGGAACAGGACUGAAAAAUGAAGUUUUCAGAAUCCACAAAUAUGGCAAAAAAUCAAUUGAACUUCUUGACUUGGGUAUUGAAAAAACAACAAAUGUCCUGAUCUCUCAUCGUUUCAAGCAGCAGGAUGUGGCCAAUCCCUGUCUACGGAUGACCUGCGAUUUUAUGUGCUUGCUCAAUCCUACCGGGGCCAGCUGCACCUGUCCAGAGGGGAAGACCUUGGUCAAUGGCUCUUGUAUUGACCCCAUUGUCUCAGGUGAGUUGUGCCGACCUGCCUGUGAGAAUGGAGGACGUUGCAUGGCCAAUGAAAAAGGAGACUGGCGCUGUUACUGCUGGCCUAAUUUCUCUGGGGAACGUUGUGAAGUCAACCACUGUACAGAUUACUGCUUAAACGGAGGCACGUGCACUGGCUCACCUCUUGGGAAACCUACUUGCCGCUGCGUGACAGGCUUCACUGGCCCUAACUGUGAGAGGCGGGUCUGUGAUAAUCACUGUCUGAAUGGAGGCACGUGUGACGUAAGCCUUGGAAACCAGCCAGUGUGUCGCUGCUUGGCAGAGUACACGGGUGACCGCUGUCUUUAUCACAUCUGUCAUCACCACUGCGUCCAUUCCCAGGCCUGCACACUGUCCAGCUCCGGACACGUUGAAUGCGUGUGCCCGCCUCGCUAUGAAGGCAUCAAGUGUGAUGUCGACAAGUGCCUGCGGUGCCAUGGAGCACCAUGUAUCAUUAAUGGAGAUACAGGAGAUGUGGCUUGCAACUGUACCAGUGGUCGAAUUGCCUCCAGCUGCCAGUUGUGUGACGGCUACUGCUAUAACGGAGGCACCUGUCAUCUGGACCCCGACACCAGCCUACCCUUCUGCCACUGCACGGCAGGGUUCAAGAACCAGCGUUGCGAUGAGCUGGCCAAUCCCUGCGAUUACUACUGUCAGAAUGAAGGAAUAUGCACAAUAACUGCCCUUAACAAACCUCGAUGCAAAUGCUCAGCUAAUUGGUCGGGGACGCAGUGCGAGAGGCCGGCCCCUAAGAGCAGCCGCUCCGAUAACACAGCUGGAGGAAGUAUAGCUAUCAUUGUGCCAUUGGUCCUGCUGGUCAUUUUGAUUGCUUCGGUGGUUACAGGUGUGUGCAUCUGCAGAAGACGACAAAGGGGGAAACGUGUACAACGGCAGCCCAUAACUAAUGGAGGCAUUAAUGUGGAGAUAGGCAAUCCAUCCUACAACAUGUAUGAGGUGGACCAUGACAGCCACGCAGAUGCCGGAAGCCUUCUCAAACCAAAUUUCACACUUGAUCCCCACAAGGGCUGGUGUGUAAAAUCCAGUGACCCUUGCACGCUGAAUAUUCACUCUGUCCCAAAGGAAGUAAUACCUGGACAGCCAAUGAACUACUCCAAUCCGAUGUAUGCGAAGAUGUACCUCGAUGGUCAGAACUGUCGCAAACCAGUCAUCAACAUUGACGAAAGGAGAGAGCUACUCCCAAAGAAACUUGAGGGGACGAUUCGAGAAACCGCCGCAUAGCCUGACUACACUUUGUACUCUUUUUUUACUUAAAUGUACAAAAUGUAUAAAACACGAGGAAAACAACAAUUUUUCUAUUUCCUAUCAGGUUCCAGAUAUCUUGUUUAUAUUUGGUUUCUUGGCACCAUCAGCAUUGCGCCUUCAUAUCUGUUGCGAUAUUUGGAGACAUACUUGUCCAUUUAUUUUUUUUAGCAUUUUUGUUGUACUGCACAUGUGAUACACAACUGCUCAUUUGCACAUUGUGGACAGUUAACAAAACUACAAUAGCAAAAUCUUAGUUUUUUUUUAAUUGGUGUGUUAAUUUCUUCCUAAAUUUUAAGUCCAUUGCCUUGUGGCAUCAUGACAGCUUUGCCUUUUUUCUUUCUAGUGUUUACUUCACAUUACACUGUGAACGUUUUCAUUUCCUUAUACUAUUAACCUCAUUUAUCAUAUUUAAUUAUGCUAGAAAUGCCAUAUUUGUGCCACUAUAAGGGUUUUUGUUAUAUUCAUGUAACAUUUUCUUCUUUAUUUUCCCCGCUUUCUUCCACAACAUAGGGCUACACAAGUCAACCACUUGACUUCAGUCAGUUCUCUUUGAAGAAUUGAGUUUAUAUCUAUCCAGUGUUGUUUACUUUUGCUUCAUGAUGUGAUUUUUCAUUUCCACCACCCAGAAAAAUGCUGCAAUUAUAAACCAUGCUUAUGAACCCCAACCAUGUGGCAUGCUGGGAUAGCUCAGUGCCGAAUAGAAAUAUUGACCAAGUGCAGUCUGGUCUACGGCUUGAUGAUAUUCUUGCAGAGCUGAUGUCAGUUUGAUGGUCAUUAAACUACAGUCUGGUAGUUUGAAAGAAGACUGU